UUUGUGGAAUUUACAGCCURUUUCAUGUGUCAAUACGAGAGGAGUGUAAUUACCAGCUGAGAAACUGCAGGAAAUAAGCCAAGACUGAAUGAAUGAAAUGGAAAAUAAAGAGGAGUGCAGAGGACACACACAUUUUAAAACAAUUACGGAGGUAUGUAUUCACAUGCUUGUGAGAGCCUGGGAAUAUAUAAGAGAUCGUGACUGCAAAGGAAUGAAUUCAAGGACCAGUCUAUGGGGAGUAUUUUUUUUCCCUGUGACUUCAAACUUCUCUCGGAGCUCGCAGAGUUUUAGUCAGCUGGCAUGCAAUAGAGGUACGACUUCCCCAAGGAAACUCUUCCUCGACUUGCCCUGGAAAAGCUGCCGGGAGAGUCUGUGAGACAGAAGCUGCAAGCAGAGGUGAAACCUGCUCCUCCUCCUCCUCCAGCCACAGAGCAGAACCAUGAAACUGAACAUCAUCUUCUUGCUGGCAGUGGUGAACACAGGAACCUCUGACUAUCAUCCCACAGAUGGGACAUCCUGUGAAAUGGCAAACUCACAGGCRUUUUGCCACAACAAAGACCUCCACCAAAUCCCUCAUGAGCUCCAUCCGAAUGUAAACAAAAUAGAUCUGUCUGGGAAUCUGAUUCAAAGCAUCCCAGAAAUGCCAUUAUCAUUUUACAGUUCUCUCCAAUAUCUGGAUUUAAGCUCCAACCAGAUAAGCUUCAUCACGUCAGGGGUGUUUGCACACAUGACAAAUUUGCUGGAGAUAAAUUUAGCCAACAAUAACCUAUAUGAGCUUGCUCAGAAUGGGACAGAGGGGAUUGGACUUUUGCCCAAGGUGGAAAUGAUGGACUUGUCCCACAACAAUCUCUACAACGGGAUGGCUGAGUAUUUCAUUAAUCAAGCUCCAACCCUGCGGUACCUCUCCUUGGCAGACAACAGCAUUGUGAUGAUAUCACACAAGAUGUUCCAGGGAUCUCCCAGUCUGGUGGAGAUAGAUCUUCAGAGAAAUAUCAUCAUGGAAAUAGAAGAAGGUGCUUUUGAGACUCUGGUGAAUCUUUCCAAACUCAAUCUCUCCACAAAUUCAAUUACUUGCAUCUCUGAUUUCAACCUCAGGCAGCUGGAGAUUCUUGACCUUAGCAGGAAUAGCAUUGAGACCUUYCGCAUCACAAAGUCAGAUGAUGAAUACAGCUUAAGAUGUUUGGAUCUUAGUGGAAACAAAUUGCUUCACUUCCCAGUCUUCCCUCAGGUAAAUAAGCUGGUAACUCUGAAUUUAUCAAACAAUUUAAUCCAGCUCACUGAUGAAUUCCCUUAUAAUAAAAUGGACUACAUGGGUAGUGAAUGGCUAGGUGCUCCUUUUUAUCUUGUUGAUCAGAAGCAAAGUAAAAACAGAAGUUCUCUUUAUUUAUCCCAGCUUGUAUAUUUAGAUUUAAGUUAUAACGAAAUCAAAUCCAUUCCAGAUGAGUUCUUUGAGUCAAUGUUGUCCCUUCACACCCUUAAUCUAAGCAAGAACUGUCUUCAGGCAUUUGCAGUAAGUUAUGAGAGCACACUGAUGUCCCUAACUGUCCUCGACUUGAGCUACAAUGCUUUGCAGAGCCUUCUCCUCGAUGCUGGUGCUUUGCCAAAUUUGAAGGAGUUUCAUAUCCAAAACAACCAUCUUCAGACCCUGCAAUGUGACACCUUCUCAAGCCUUUCUAGCCUCAGACUGCUUAAUCUGCAGAGCAAUAAUAUCAGCCUUUGCCCCAUGUACUCAGGGUCUAAGCAAAGACUUGCUGGACAGGAGAGUGGCUGUGUGUCAUUUGUCAAUUCUUCUGCUCUCCAGUAUUUGUACCUGGCUGACAACAUGCUGAACAUCCUACCAGCACACACCUUCUACAAGACUCCUCUGGUGGUCUUGGAUCUCUCCAUGAACCCUGGACUGAAAAUAGAACUCAAAGCACUCUCAGGACUGGAAAAGUCUCUGGAAUACUUGCAUUUACAUGGCAAUAGCCUGAUAGAUUUAAAUAUUGACUUGCCUUGUUUUAGACACCUGAAACAUUUAAACCUCUCUGCAAAUCAGCUGAACUGGCUGCCUAAGUGGGGUAGUGACACUCCGCUGGAAGUUCUAGACCUGCGGAACAAUAGGUUCAGUACMUUACAGAACAGCAAUAUUUUAGCUUUAGAAAAUUCACUUAAAAACUUAUAUCUCUCUGGGAACCCACUGAACUGCUGUGGAAACAUCUGGCUUUCAUCAAUGAUCCAGAACAAAAAUGUUCAGAUCCCCAACGUGGAGCACUUAACGUGCCAGUACAUUCAGAACUUYGGGUAUCGGAAAGAAAUGCACGUUGAGAACAUUAGACCAGAAGACUGUGAAAAAGAGGAUCUGAAGAAAAUCAAUGUCCUCAUUAUAUUAACAUUUGUAUUAGUUUUAUCUGUGAUCAUCAUUGGCGUAGGUUCAUUUUUUUGCUUCCGCARGCAAAACUUUAGCCAUCAAUUUAAAGCAUAGRARCACAAAAUGCCUUGAAAACUGAAGAAAUCAGGUGCUACACUGGCACUGUGUAGAAAUGAAGGAUAAAAUUYUCAUCUUUUAUUUUUUACUGUGGAUUUUAAGAUGGUUUUGAAGUGCCCCUAACUGCACCACUGUGGUGGUCUAGGCUGCAGGGGCUGGAAGGAGAGUUUGCUGUGUUUUGCACUUGCUUCAUUCAUGUGAAGAUCUGCUUAAAAGGUUUUACAGUGUUAGAAGAGGCCACUGUAAAGARCUGCUGUUGUUUUGAGUGAUAUGUAAUUUAAAUCAGCUCAAAGGAAAAAGGCCUCCAAAGUCUUGAGACCUGAGACUCCUCUAAGCCCAUAUGAUGACAUCAGCCAAUUAGGAAAUCCCUUCUCAAAAUUAUGUCCCUCCACAAGAUGUUUCGAUUUGGUCUGGGAUUUGCUUUUCCCUAGCUGGUCAGCUCCUAACCCUUCUUAAACUGAAAUCAUACAAAGAUCUACCAGAGUGGGUCAAACCACAGUCUUCACUGGGCUACGCUUUUGAGUUUAAAAACAAACAAAAAAAAACUCCUAGAAAUUACAGUUUGUGUCUAUUGUUCUCCUGGCUAUCAUUUAGAAAAUGCACAGCUGACCAUGGCAACCAAAUACUACGGCGGUAAGAGCCUCUUUGGAUGCCUCCUUUUAUUUUUUAGGGUGUUGUUCCAGUCACUGGGGCAAGACGUGAGAGGUAGAGGAGGUCAAUUAGUCCAGACAUUUAGUACCCAAGUGGGAUGCAAAAGAAAUCUCAGGCAUGAAACAACUGCUGAUAUKUUACCCAGAUCUGCUCAGGUCACAGGUCCACAGUUCCAGUGAAAGAGGAGAAAUUUGCUUCUCAAGUGCAAUACAUAUUUAACUGGGUAUAAUGUGAAGAAAUUAAUCUCUGGGGUGAAUACUUUUUAAAAGAAAAAUCUUGGAGAAUGAAUUUCAACCAGCUAGUAUUGGAAUGAAGUGCUUGCAUUUCUAAGGAAAACUGUGGGAAAUUCACAGCGUACAGCUGCAUUUCGGUGCAAAAGAAUAAUAUAUUUAUUUUUAAAGGUCAUGGAAGGUUAGACUGCAAAGAAGAUACUGUUGUGAAAUGAUACAUAGGGUGCCUAGUUCUGUGCCAUUACUCAGAUCAGAUGUUCAUUGUGUCUCCCUAAAAAGAUAUUAUCAUCUGUAAGAAAAGUUCUGUGGAUCCUCGUUCUAUGAUGGGUUUAACAUGGCUAUCAUGCUACGUUACUAAAAAUUGACACUGRCAUAUAUUAUGUUCUGUACCCUGACAGAAAAUUCACCCUUUUGAAGKUAGGAAAAGCUCUCCAAGAGUGGAAGCCUGACCUGCUAGCGGGGUGCAAUGGCUUCAAAAUAAACUAUGUAAGGUCUUCUGUUAUUGCCAGGCACUGCACAUUAAGGCAUAAGAAAUAGAGGUCAAAACAAAACCUGUUCAGGUAAAUAACUCAGAGUCAAAUUUCUGCUUCCUUUCUUCAAGCUAGUGAAUGUGAAAAUUAACACAYUACAGAAAGAUGUGCAAUUUUAUUUUAAAGCAGCUGUGUAAGACUGGCUGGUGGAUUUCACUGUGGAAUUUCAUACAAUAAAAACAUCUUUGAAUUUUGUAAAUAGCAUAGGGUUGUGAAUACAUUAAAGCACCAGUUUUAAAUGUUCCACAGAAGAAAAGAAAUGCUUUCCUGUUCUCCCAUGGUGUUCAGACUCCACCUUAGACCUUUAYCUUUGGGUCCUGAAGCAGGGACAGCUGAUCCAUAUCUUAGACAAUAACUAGUGGAGAAUAAGGAGGUCURCUGAAGAGGCAGGCAAAAUUUGUAUCAGGCCUUCAGAGAACUUGUGGAUGACCCAYCCCUGGAAGUGUCCAAGGCCAGGCUGGAUGGGUCUUUGARCAACCUUGUCUGGUGGAAGGUGUCCCUGCCCAUGAURAA